ACAUAUAUUUAUUUAUAUCAUCAGAUUCUAUUAUAUAACAUAAUAUAUUUGGAAUUUUGUUCACAUGAGCGAGCAGAAUAUAUAUUCUCUUUAUGCUAUAUAUAUCAGAAAUAAAUAUCGUCAAUACUUAUGAUUGUUUUAAACAAACGAAUAAAAUCAGAAAAAUCUAGCUGAAUCAAGAAUUUAAGUAUAUACAAGAUUCCAAAAAUUCAAAAAAAAAAAAAAAAUGGGUUUUGGUGUAAUCAUCUUGUUCACAAGUCUGUUUGCGGCCAUCGGUAUCGGUGUGCCAGUAUUUCUACCUGAAAAUCCUAACAAAGAAAUUGUCAAAUUAAUGAUUGUAAUGAGCACAAUAUGUUGUUAUCUAAUGUGGCUUGUCACUUAUAUGUCACAGAUGAAUCCAUUAUUCGGGCCAGUUAUAAGUAAUGCAACUGUUAGUCUGAUGCUUCGUGAAUGGUCUUAAAUCCAUACUGAUGAUUAUAUACAGUAUUAUUUUCAACAACAAGAAGAAAACAGAAAAAAAAUAAAAAUAAAAUAUUUAUAUCGAAUCCAUAUAUAAUCAUGAUCGAAGUUGGAGUAUAAAUCAAUAAUCCUAGCUGACCAAAUAUCAAGUCAGCAUUUUCAUUAAUUUCUUUUCUCAUUCAUCAAUAUUGUUUGAUUGUUUGCUGAUUUUUUUUCCUUGAAAUAAUGUUUAAAUUAUAUCAUCAUCAUCAUCAAUAAUCCAACAACACCUAGUCAACGAUCGUACAAAACCAAACAAAAAUUCAAUAAUGAUAAUUUUCAAUUUGAAAAUUUAACAUUGUUAACACCAUUGCAUUCCAUUU